GGAAGGCCACUCCCUUUGUAUCGGACUGGCAAGAAACAUGGCUUUUGAGCUCUUUGCUUAGCAUGAACAACUCGUAAAUUGGCAGACAGAAUGGCAUUUGUCAAAUUCAUCCUAAUAGCAGCAGUGGUCAGUAUGGUUUUACGCCUAUCUAAAGAAGAGGACCCUGGUGUGACCACAAAACCUAUGGCUAUGGAGACUAAAGUUCACAUCUCUAAGCCCAGCAUAACUGCCAGUUUAAACCAUCAAGUCCUGUACCAAGGUGAGGAGGUCACUCUACAGUGUACAGUUCCAGAGAAACUGAGUGAUUUAGAAUAUGCUUGGGAUAAAGACUCUGCUCCCAUUAAGACCAGUCAAUCUACCUACAUCAUCAAUGCUGCCACAGUGUCUGACAGUGGAAAAUACUCAUGCAUGGCCAAAAGAGGAACAACCACAUCUGAAAUAAGUGAUCCCCAAGUUUUAACUGUUAAAAAACCACCUCAGCCAAAAGUAAUUCUGAGUGUAGGAUGGAGCCGUGUGUUUACUGAUGAAAAAGUGACUUUGAUUUGUGAAGUUCUGGACACAUCCACAAGCUGGAAAUAUACAUGGCUCAGAAAUUCACUGAAGAUUUCAGAUGAUGCUGAUAUAAAGACAACUGGUAAUAGCCUUUCAAUCCUUUCUGCGAAACAGGGACACCAUGGAGAUUACACCUGUGAAAUAGAGCUUCAAGACAGACCCCUGUCUAGAGCCUUAAGCACAAAAUUUGCAUUGUCUGUUCAAGAACCACCUCAGCCAAAAGUAAUUCUGAGUGUAGGAUGGAGCCGUGUGUUUACUGAUGAAAAAGUGACUUUGAUUUGUGAAGUUCUGGACACAUCCACAAGCUGGAAAUAUACAUGGCUCAGAAAUUCACUGAAGAUUUCAGAUGAUGCUGAUAUAAAGACAACUGGUAAUAGCCUUUCAAUCCUUUCUGCGAAACAGGGACACCAUGGAAAUUACACCUGUGAAAUAGAGCUUCAAGACAGACCCCUGUCUAGAGCCUUAAGCACAACAUUUGCAUUGUCUGUUCAAGAACCACCUCAGCCAAAAGUAAUUCUGAGUGUAGGAUGGAGCCGUGUGUUUACUCAUGAAAAAGUGACUUUGAUUUGUGAAGUUCUGGACACAUCCACAAGCUGGAAAUAUACAUGGCUCAGAAAUUCACUGAAGAUUUCAGAUGAUGCUAAUAUAAAGACAACUGGUAAUAGCCUUUCAAUCCUUUCUGCGAAACAGGGACACCAUGGAGAUUACACCUGUGAAAUAGAGCUUCAAGACAGACCCCUGUCUAGAGCCUUAAGCACAAAAUUUGCAUUGUCUGUUCAAGACCCACCUCAGCCAAAAGUAAUUCUGAGUGUAGGAUGGAGCCGUGUGUUUACUGAUGAAAAAGUGACUUUGAUUUGUAAAGUUCUGGACACAUCCACAAGCUGGAAAUAUACAUGGCUCAGAAAUUCACUGAAGAUUUCAGAUGAUGCUGAUAUAAAGACAACUGGUAAUAGCCUUUCAAUCCUUUCUGCGAAACAGGGACACCAUGGAAAUUACACCUGUGAAAUAGAGCUUCAAGACAGACCCCUGUCUAGAGCCUUAAGCACAACAUUUGCAUUGUCUGUUCAAGAACAACCUCAGCCAAAAGUAAUUCUGAGUGUAGGAUGGAGCCGUGUGUUUACUGAUGAAAAAGUGACUUUGAUUUGUGAAGUUCUGGACACAUCCACAAGCUGGAAAUAUACAUGGCUCAGAAAUUCACUGAAGAUUUCAGAUGAUGCUGAUAUAAAGACAACUGGUAAUAGCCUUUCAAUCCUUUCUGCGAAACAGGGACACCAUGGAGAUUACACCUGUGAAAUAGAGCUUCAAGACAGACCCCUGUCUAGAGCCUUAAGCACAAAAUUUGCAUUGUCUGUUCAAGACCCACCUCAGCCAAAAGUAAUUCUGAGUGUAGGAUGGAGCCGUGUGUUUACUGAUGAAAAAGUGACUUUGAUUUGUAAAGUUCUGGACACAUCCACAAGCUGGAAAUAUACAUGGCUCAGAAAUUCACUGAAGAUUUCAGAUGAUGCUGAUAUAAAGACAACUGGUAAUAGCCUUUCAAUCCUUUCUGCGAAACAGGGACACCAUGGAAAUUACACCUGUGAAAUAGAGCUUCAAGACAGACCCCUGUCUAGAGCCUUAAGCACAACAUUUGCAUUGUCUGUUCAAGAACCACCUCAGCCAAAAGUAAUUCUGAGUGUAGGAUGGAGCCGUGUGUUUACUGAUGAAAAAGUGACUUUGAUUUGUGAAGUUCUGGACACAUCCACAAGCUGGAAAUAUACAUGGCUCAGAAAUUCACUGAAGAUUUCAGAUGAUGCUGAUAUAAAGACAACUGGUAAUAGCCUUUCAAUCCUUUCUGCGAAACAGGGACACCAUGGAGAUUACACCUGUGAAAUAGAGCUUCAAGACAGACCCCUGUCUAGAGCCUUAAGCACAAAAUUUGCAUUGUCUGUUCAAGACCCACCUCAGCCAAAAGUAAUUCUGAGUGUAGGAUGGAGCCGUGUGUUUACUGAUGAAAAAGUGACUUUGAUUUGUAAAGUUCUGGACACAUCCACAAGCUGGAAAUAUACAUGGCUCAGAAAUUCACUGAAGAUUUCAGAUGAUGCUGAUAUAAAGACAACUGGUAAUAGCCUUUCAAUCCUUUCUGCGAAACAGGGACACCAUGGAAAUUACACCUGUGAAAUAGAGCUUCAAGACAGACCCCUGUCUAGAGCCUUAAGCACAACAUUUGCAUUGUCUGUUCAAGACCCACCUCAGCCAAAAGUAAUUCUGAGUGUAGGAUGGAGCCGUGUGUUUACUGAUGAAAAAGUGACUUUGAUUUGUGAAGUUCUGGACACGUCCACAAGCUGGAAAUAUACAUGGCUCAGAAAUUCACUGAAGAUUUCAGAUGAUGCUGAUAUAAAGACAACUGGUAAUAGCCUCUCAAUCCUUUCUGCAAAACAGGGACACCAUGGAGAUUACACCUGUGAAAUAGAGCUUCAAGACAGACCCCUGUCUAGAGCCUUAAGCACAAAAUUUGCAUUGUCUGUUCAAGAUCGUCCACCGGCUUCACUUACUUUGGAGACUAGCUGGUCUGACAUCAUGUCUGUGGACACUCUGACUCUAAAAUGUGAGAUCAAAGAUGGUACACUCGAAUGGAACUACACCUGGUACAAAGAUGGUUUGUUUGAGCAGACCAUCCUUGAGGAGACGUACAGUGUGAAGGCCACAGAAGAGACUUUCAAGAGUGAAUACAAAUGCAGGGGCAACAGGACAGAGCGACCACUAUACUCUUCCUUCAGUGAGGGCUUUAAAGCUAAUAAUAUUGUUCUAAAACGAAAGGUCCUGCUUGCCAUCUCUGGCUGUGUUGUCUGCAGUAUCAUCUUGCUAAUCAUUGGGUGCAUAGUUUUGAGAUGUACCCGCAAACCAGAAAAACAGGAGAUGGUAAAGGAGGACUUCUUUUUUUCCAUGACAGACUCAAAAACACAAACUAGUUCACCCUUACAGGAAUAUCUCACAGAAAAUGGACCACCACUUGACAAGGAAGAACGUGAUGAGAGCACAGCAAUAAUUAAUGAGGCAGCCCCUAUCAUUGAGGAUCAGAUUAAAGAAGAGGGGCUUCCAUCUAAAGAGGCUGGACACUUUACAUCUUUCAAAGUUGAGAAAUCACCAUUGAAAGAGAAGAAAGAAUUACAGUCUCUUAAAGAAUGUGAUGAGAGCACAGCAUUACUUAUUGAGGCAGUACCUGCAGCUGAUGAUCAGAUUAAUGUAGAGGUGACUCCAUCUAAAGAGACUGCAUGUUUUACAUCCUUCAAAGCUGACAUAUCACCAUCACCCGAAAGUAACGGCUUAUCAUCUUAUAAAGAGUGCUAGUGAUGGAAUCGUACAAUCCCCUGUGACGGCUGGGGGCAUCAAGGAGGCAUUUGGAACCAUCUAGAACUUUGUUCUUCAAAUUAGCUGAAGACUGAAGAGGCCAGUUCAGCUUUUUGACUGGUACUGUAAUUAAAACUGAUUAACUAGUGGUUCAAGUACAAGACAUUUAAGGUACUUACUUGGGUCUUUGUAUUCACAAUAAAAUAAAUCGUAUGUUCCAUGUUUACAAUGUAAUUUAAUUAUGCUUAGGUCUCUCAUCUGUAAAAAGCAAAAGAAAUCCUUAUGAUAUGUACUAUGUAAGAUUUGAGUAUUAUGUUUGGGGUUAGCAGGCUUGGGGUCAGGAGAUACUUUUGUAUCAUUUUGAGGGCAUAGGGCAGCAUUGAUGCAAAUGCAGAAACUGAUAAAAGUAGUGUUUUCUGGGGUGGAAAAGUUGCAAUGAUUCAAUUUCAGAUCAUUUGUGCUUUACACGUCAUAAAGAAUAGCUUUGAAUUUGUUAUAAUGGAGUUUGGUAGUAACUGUUAAAGUGACUGGUAGCAAAUUAUACCAAAAUCUCACAAUGGUCUUCAGCAAAAAGACUGUUGCCCAGAUUAAGCUACGAGGAGGUUUCAUCCAAAACAAAGCAUCACUGACAUUUCCUAGGUGUAGAACACCUCUGGAAAAGUCUGCCCUACACAGCAUAGUAAUAAAGAGAGCCUCUUAAUUUGCUUUGGGUUCUUGCUUGAAAACUGAGAUGAUAAGGCAUAUGUAUCUGCUUGUUCCUUUGUCACUUUCCCUACCCUUAACAUUUUAUCUCAAAUCCAGCUCCUAAGAAUCAUGAGCCUGAAGUCCUUGAUUACCAGAAUUUCCUUGAUUACCUGAUUGUGAUGUGCUGGUAGCAGGUAUAUUGCUCAAAUAAAAAUCGCCUAGGAGCGCCUAUUCCACUCAUAAUAGUAUUAUAAUCGAUUGGGGGAGAUUAUACCAAGUAGUUGAUAUAUAAAUGUGACAUUUUGUUUUGUAAGUGUGCAAUACUGGUUAUGAUAAUGCGAUAUUCAGAAGUAAUCUGGCAACAAUCAAAGUGGCCAUUAGUGCUAUCGUUUGCACAUUACCUUUAAGCUAUCUUGGUGUUUGUUUUAAAGAGAAACGCAGAUGAAAGGAUAAAUCAAAGUCAGAUAGGAUCAGUGUAGUAGAAGGUAUGCAUAAGGCCAGUGAUCUUCAAUGUACUAUUUCUUUUCUUUUUCUUUUAAAAAAAAAAGUCAGUUUCAAUUAUCUACAAUCACCAGUGUUUCCUCUGUAUCCAGAGGUGAUUUUAUGUGUGCAUGUUUAAUUUGUUUGCUCAGUGCUAUGCCCUGUCUUUGGUUGGCACAAAAUACAGGCCUGGUUAUUUUAAUUCAGAAUUCUAUAAUAUUUACUAGCUUGUUAUACUGAACAGUAGCCUCAUAUGUCAAAUAAUUCACAGUAGAGUAAGAGCUUAUGUUAUCUUGAAAAUUGUAACAUUUAUGCAUUUAUAUUGGUUUUUAGAUUUGUCUGUUACUACUUUUACCAUUGCUUGUAUUUAUAAGACUGCAUGUAUGGAAAAAUUUUACUUGGUAUGAGAUUGUUUUUCCAAGGAUCUCAGUGCCAAGCAUUAUCUACCAAAUCAAGAUAAUCUAAUGCAGACUAACUAAUCAACAAGCAUAAACCUGGGCAAGCAAUACUUUGUUUCUAUGCAAAAAACAACUGUACACAUAUUUUAUUUUUGAAGUAAAGGUUCUAGAAAGGGUUCAUUGCAUAUAAAAACAACUUUUGAUUCUCUAAACCUUUUAAACUUUUUUGGAAUUUAACGAACCUUUACACAAUGUAAAGGUUCUUAAAAUACCUCUAAAGAACCUUAGUAUUAUGUGACUGCUCUUCAAGCCUUUAAACAUGGUUUUCCAGAGAUCCUAAAGUACUUAUUCUAUGCUAUUGUGCAAAGAACCCUUUGUGGCACUGUGUGUUGUUGCCUACUCACAGAGUUCAUAAUUGCUUGGUUUGUUUUGUUGGUUUUUUUUGCUACCUUCACUAUAUGUUUUGAUGAACUUGUGCAGUAAUUAAAAAAUAAACAAUUUUUUAAAAUGUCAA